AUGGGCUUCUCACUGUUGUCCAUUAUUGGGGUGGCUGUCGUAACUCUUCUCCUUGUCGUAGCUGCGCCAAGCUGUGCAGACUCCAUUAUUGUCAAUGAGGCCACUCGAGCAUGGCUGAAUAUGUGGGUUGACGCUAUUCCAAACCUGCAGAUCAUUUGGAUGAACCCGAACAUUUGCUCUCGCUCUGGUAUCGAGUGCGUCUCAGCCACCAACUCCAUCAACAUCCGUCUGGAUGCCGUGACAUCUGCUGGCUUCAACUUCAUCGGUACCCUACCGGAGGUGAGCCACUCCAUUGACGGUAGUCAGCUUCAGAUCACCAGUGUCUCUGUCAGCGGUAAGACUCGCUUUACCGGUACCAUCCCUGCAUCGUGGGCGCGCAUCACCCGCCUUACUAGCCUGGAUUUCAGCAGGACUCGAAUGAGUGGCCGAAUUCCUGAUAGUCUCGGCAACCUCCCCAACCUGGUAUCUAUCAACUUCGCAAACGCAUACUUCUGUUACGGUCUUCCCAACUGGAAUGCUUCUGGCUUGCCGAUGCUUACACAGGCCACAUUUGCAAAUAACAACAUGCGCGGCCCGUUUGCCUCCUCCUGGUCCACUUUCCCCGCUUCCAUGUCUCUGGACAUCACUGGCAACAAGCUCUGCGGGUGUAUGCCUAAAUCGUGGGAGUCCAAACCGAACCUGGUGGCUGCUGCCAAGGCUAUGGAUCCUGGCACGGCUUCCGGCUGCUUUCGCUCUUGCAACUCCGCUUCCCUGUCGUAUUGCCCUGCCCCACCCACUGCCAACGGCGCGCAGAUGAUCACGAUGAGCAUGACUAUGAUUAUUAUGGUUGUCGCUGUCAUUUCUUUGGUAUUCUAA